ACGCGUUUAUUGAAAAGGCGGGCUGCUUCAGUCGUUUUCGUCGUCAGACUGCCCUUGUCAGCAUGAAUUUAGAUACGUUUAAUAAAAAUAAUAGCAGAAAUGCUAUAAUUAAGUCAGUUGUGCCGGAUAUAACAAAAUCGGAGCCUUGUAUGCUGGGCGUGGACGAGGCUGGAAGAGGACCUGUUUUAGGCCCCAUGGUCUAUGGAAUUGCUUACUGCCCACUUUCAGCAGAAAGUCAGCUGAAAGAACUUGGAUUUGCUGAUUCUAAAACUCUUACUGAGGAGAAGAGGGAAGAGCUUCUGAGUUCUGUGGAGAAGUCUUCAUUUCUUGGCUUUAUGGUGGAAGUCAUACCUCCCUCUGUCAUCAGUGGCCACAUGCUUGAUGUGACAAAGUACAGUUUGAAUGCAAUCAGCCAUGACUCUGCGAUUGGUCUCAUUCAGCAAGCUCUGGAUGACGGUGUGCAAGUAGCGCAAGUGUACGUGGACACAGUGGGCCCGCCCGAAAAGUAUCAAGAAAAGCUACAGGCACUUUUUCCUGAUAUAAAAGUCACGGUGGCCAAAAAGGCAGAUUCUACAUAUCCCAUUGUUAGCGCAGCUAGUAUUUGUGCCAAGGUGGCUCGGGAUCAUGCUAUUCAAUCUUGGGAGUUUCCAGAAGGCAUAACUGUGAAGGCAGAGGAUUACGGCUCUGGAUACCCAAAUGAUCCUAUGACAAAAAAGUUCCUUUUGGAGAACAUCGAUACGGUGUUUGGAUUUCCCAGCCUCGUGCGCUUCAGUUGGUCUACAGCUGAAAAGUUGCUUGAAGACAAUGCUGCCGAAGUUAUGUGGGACGAAGAGGACAGUGCUGAGCAGAGUGGCAUGGCAUCAAUCCAAUCAUUCUUCCAGAGAGACUCCAACCGAGGAAAGAAAUUAGCUGCAAAAGAAAGCUCCUUCUUCACCAGCCGCGCAAUCAGCCAACUCCAUGUAUUGUAGCUUCUUCUGUGGGCACGUGCAUGCACUGGUUGGAGUACGGUACCAAUGUGUUUUCUCCUGGAGAGUUAUUAGUGUAGUGCAAUUACAUUUCUACAUUUUAACUGCAUCUUCAGGGCUGCUUUAGCUGUGUAUUUCUGCCUUGUGACUAAUCUGUGGCAAGUUUUAUAAGUCCAGUUGAAUCUCGAUAAUUCGAACUCGAAGGGGUCCGAAAAUUUGUUUGAAUUAAAAGAAGGACGUAUUUUUGAAGUAUUCGUACACCAUAUAUAGCACGAUGCCCGAACGGUGCGAGUCGUGAAAUAUCGCGGCACGUAAGCGCAUAGUGAGCGCGGGCCACGAAACUGCUCAUGCCGGCAAACGCUCGCUUCCCGAUAACGGUAGAAAACGAAACUUAAAAGAGCGGGCGGUGCCGGCACGGCGACGGGUGCGCGCGGGGACCGUCGAAGGUGAGGGUGGAGGCUGGCAGGGAAGCGGAUUUGGCCUUGGCAACUCCGCCUCUUCGGUAGCAGUGGCUUCGGUGGCUCCCCUCGCCCUCCCUUUCAACUCCCUCGCAGCUCCCACACUUUCGGCUGUCUCUGUGUGCGCCCGCCGCCGUGCCGGCGCCAGCUUAGCCCGCUUCCUGAAGUUUCGUUUUCUGCCGAUAUCGGGAAGCGAGCGUUUGCCGGCAUUGGCAGUUACGUUGGCCGGACUGGGCCUCCGCCACUGCUUCCCUCUGUAACGUGCAAGGUCCACACGUGACUGGAAAAUAGAGGAAGCAUAAAGGAGAAGGGUUCACUGCUAUUUUCUCCGCUUGGCUGAGAUGUCGGCAUUAGAGUGUACUAGAAUACGGUUGUCUAGUCGGCACGUACACGCAUGUUUCGGCGCGACGCAGAAAUGUCGACCUUGCUAUUUGAGAGAGGGUGAAAUUUCCGCCGCAGGUGAUUUUCUUUGUUUUUUCCCCCUUCCUUCGCGCGCUACAUUGAGGGGUCUCCUGAGCUUUUGCCCUAUGGCGGUGUAUGAGCAAUGCCGGUCGGAGGCACCACCGUGUGAUUUGGCGCGCUGCUAAGAACAUUGUCGGUGCACGGUAUGUUCGAAUUAACCGUCGCAAAUGCUUUCGCGUUCGAAUUACCGGACGUUUUUGCCCAUUGGAAUACACAUAACUUUGACGGGACCACAGCGUCAGUUCGAAUUAACCGGUAGUUCGAAUUAAGCGUGUUCGAGAUUCGACUGUGUGUGUGUGUGUAUAUAUAUAUUGUUACGUAGAACGUAACAAUAUAACAUAAUAUUACCAAUUCAUAGCAAUAUUUCUUCAUUUGGGGGCUUUGCCGCAAGGCAUAUGUAAUAAAAGAAAACAAAAUCAGAUAUGUGCUCACCCUAAUUAACCACUGAAUGCCUAAUUUACAGUUAAACCUGCUUAUAACGAACCUCCAUAUAACGAAUUCCUGGAUAUAGCGAAGUUUUUCUAUUCCCCGCCGUUACUCCAUAGAAACACAUGUAUUUGAGACCUCUACGUAACGAAGUGGCAGCGGGAGACCCCCUCGAAAUAACGAAUUUUCCCCGCCGACAACCUAGAGAUUUUGCCCCAAAUUUUGUAAUUUUUGCGCGAGCAGCAACCGGAAGCACCUUCUCCGCCGCGACGGAAUGUGAAGCGGCGGCGGCGCGCUUGGCGUGCUCGAAUUCACAGCGACAGCGAGGCGAGAGCGAGCGCACAUGUGCGUGUGUGCAAGCGUGCGCAAGGUGGGCCUGCAUCCCUUGACCCGGCGAUCUUGCCGCCGCGGGCGUUGGCGGCAAGCUGGCCUAGCCCGCCAAGCCGGCACUCUCCAUUUCCAAUUGAUGUUUCCGAAGGAAAAAAAGAUGUUUUUUUGUUUUUUUUCAACGCGCUGGCAGCGCCACUCUUUGGUUACUGCGCAAGUCUCUGCGCUUCACUUCACUAACCUGACACUAGGUGACACUAUACAACGCUACGACACCAUCGUGCAGACUAGCUCCCGUAGCUUCGACCAUGUGCUGUAGUACGUGUGCUUAGGCAUUAGUCUACCGAUUUAUUUAAACAGCGAAUGUUUCCAAGUUUAUCCUUACUUGUACAAGUUUAUCCUUACUAUCCGUACUUUGUAUCACUGUCUGCUAAUUUGCUGUCGCAAUUGAUGCUUCGCCUUUCGGCCGAAACUGGGACUUUUUUGUUCAUUGCAACUUUAGUUUAUUGGGAGUAAAUCUGGAGCGAUAGUUGUAUUUCUGUAUGAAAGCAUGAGGUACGCGGUACUGUACAAGAUAAUUUUUUCCUCUCUUUUGGUCACGGAAUACGGGUGCGCGUUACAAUUGAGGGCGCGUUAGAAUCGAGUAAAUAUGGUAAGCAUUUCUUCUUCGAAUUUUCGUGCCGAACCUGCGUAUUACGAAAUCCUCUUUAUAACGAAGUUUUUCGGAAAUUUGACAAUUUCCUUAUAUCCAGGUUUAACCGUACUUUUGACUUUUGCAAAAAAUUUGAAGCUUUGUGGCUCCUCAGACUUUUGCGCCUAUAUUGAAAAACUAAACUUAAAAGCUUCAUUGGUCUGCUAUAUUUCUAAAUAUUGUUAUGUCAUGAAUUUGAGAUGAGCAUUUGGUCUUUCAUCGAGCAGUGAUGAAAAUUUAUACAGGUUCGUAUGUAAUUAAAGAAUGUUUUUUCUCAUCUCCAGCGCUCUUUAUAUUAGCCCUUUAUGGACGAGACACAUAAAUACCCAAAGGAAGUGUUUAUUUUUCAUCGAAAUGUUCAAAAUAAACCAGGAAUAAGCAUAUUCAAUAAAAAGAAAAAAAUAUUUUGCGGACAAUAGGGAGGUAACACUAGCUAGAACCCCGGAAGUGAGCUUCACCCCAAGGCACCAAUGGCUUCGUUUAGAACUUGUACAGACAAUUCUCGUUGGAUGUGAAACAUUGCUGUACAUUGCAUUUGCUUUAUACCAUUACCUGUGUGAUACUACCACUGCAGCCAGGGAUCUUGCAUUUGUCUCUCCUCUGACCAUGCUAUAUAUAAAUAAAAAUAAAAAAAUGAA